UUUCAGAUGCCUCGUUGUGUACCCAUGGACCCAGAGGUACUUCAGCACUUUUGGAGACUUAAGUGAUGCCAAGGCCAUCAUGUCUAAUGCCAAAGUGGCCCAGCAUGGCGUCACUGUGAUUAAAGGUCUGGAGAAAGCUGUGCAAAACAUGGACGACAUCAAGAACACCUACGCUGCCCUCAGCGUGCUGCACUCCGAGAAGCUUCAUGUGGAUCCAGACAACUUCAGGCUCCUCGGUGACUGCCUGACCGUGGUUGUGGCGGCGAAGAUGGGCAGUGCCUUCACCCCAGAAAUCCAGGCUGCGUGGCAGAAGUUCCUCUCCGUGGUGGUGUCUGCUCUGGGAAAACAAUAUCAUUAAAAAGUUAUUUCUGUGUUAAACAGAAAUAUUGCAUUGAGAACCUGCUCAUGUUAAUAAAAAUAAUUUCUU